CCAAAGGGAAACAACGUUUGCUAUUAUCGGCGUUCGUUGUGUCUCUCUGUCUCAUCUCAUCAUCAUUCAACAACGUUCCCUCCAACACGUUCAUUCUUCAUUCUUCCUCCUUCCUUCAAACCCUUUCUUUCACCCACUUUGCAUUUCAAUUCUAAUUCAUCAAAAUUGCUGUUACUUUCCACAAAGGUAUUCAUUCAUUCAUUGCUUUUAUGCGGGAUCACGCGAAUAAUAAUAAUAUACCAUUAUUAUUAUUAUUAUUAUUCUUCUUUUAUUGUUGUCUUCAUCAUCACCAUCAUUGAUAUUUAUAGAGGCAUUAGCAUUGGUGGGUUUGGACGUAGAAUGGGAACGGCAAGGUGGGCUAAGAGGAUGGGAAGGAUUUCAAGGAUUGGCAGUUUUGCAAUUGCUUCUUCCAUUAAUGAUAACCAGCAACAACCUUGCAUUACCUGCACUACUUUUAAUAUUCUUGCUCCUAUUUACAAGCGAAUUGACCAUGAGGACCCUAGUUGCCGCGAGAGCGAUUGUAAAGCGUAUUGGAUGGCCAGGAAUCAUAGGAUUUUGGAUUGGUUGUUGAAUGAGAGAUCUUCUAUUAUCUGUCUUCAGGAGUUUUGGGUUGGAAACGAAGAGCUUGUUAAUUUGUAUGAGAAGAGGCUUGGCGAUGCUGGCUAUGUUAGUUUCAAGCUUGGAAGGACCAACAACCGUGGGGAUGGUCUUCUGAUAGCUGUGCAAAAGGAAUACUUCAAUAUUCUUAAUUAUAAGGAGCUGCAUUUCAAUGACUGUGGUGAUCGUGUAGCUCAGCUGUUACAUGUUGAACUGGCUUUUCCAUUUUCACAGUGGCGAAGCAGUGAAAUUAGGCAGGAAAUUCUGAUUGUUAACACUCACCUGCUAUUUCCCCAUGAUUCUACUCUAGCCCUUGUACGACUGAACCAGGUCUACAAGAUUCUUCAAUAUGUAGAGUCGUAUCAGAAUGAUUUCCAACUCAAGCCAAUGCCAAUCAUGCUAUGCGGUGACUGGAAUGGAAGCAAACGUGGACAUGUUUACAAGUUCCUGAGGUCUCAGGGUUUUGUAUCAUCUUAUGAUACUGCACAUCAGUACACUGAUGCAGAAGCUGACAAGUGGGUUAGUCACCGCAAUCAUCGGGGAAAUAUAUGUGCUGUUGAUUUUAUUUGGCUUCUGAAUCCGGACAAGUAUCGAAAACUGCUCAAAGCAAGUUGGAGUGAAGCAGUGUUUGGCAUGUUCAAGUAUCUAUUGCGGAGAGCUUCACUGACAGAGAGUGAUGCAUUUGCUUUUCUAAAGGGCGAUAAUGAAGAUUGUAUUACUUAUGCUGGUUUCUGUGAAGCACUUCGAGAGCUCAAUUUAACAGGUCAUUGCCAUGGGUUAUGUGAGCAAGAGAUUAAAGACUUGUGGGUCCAAGCAGACAUAGAUGGAAAUGGUGUUCUUGAUUACAAAGAAUUUCUGCAGCAAAUCUGGAAUUCAGCAGUUUCAGAUCAGAGAGAUGACAACAAGAACGCGGAACAUUAUGAUGUUCAGGAACAAACAAUUGGUUUCAGUGUAAAAAAUGCGGUGUUGUUCCCUCCGGAGGUGGAGAAAGGUAGAUGGCCUGAAGACUACUCCCUAUCGGAUCACGCGCGACUCACUGUAGUGUUCUCACCAAUAAGAAUGCCAUGCUCCCAGUUGAUUUGCUAACAAUGCUUGUGGAGCACUCUAGCUUAGGAUUUAGAAUUAAGAUUUCUGUACAUAACAUGCCACACAGUUAGGAAUGGGUGAAGCAGUGGAACCGAGUGAGGAAAAGGAACUUGGAGUUCUUUUCUGGAUAAGGUUUUAACCAACUGUGUUGUGAUCACUGCGUUAUCAUUGGCCUCACACUCUCGAUAAGGCAUAGCUAGCACAAGCAAAAUGAAGUUAAUAUUUAUGCAGUGAGCAACACUAUCAUCAAGUAAUUUGUUUUCCCCAUUUUUUCUGCUCUGUAUAGUUGUUUUUUAUUUAUAGGUCAUAGGCAUCAACCUUUUUGUAGCUUGGUAAGAUGCACCCUCUAGCUAGAGCUAUUCUUGAAGUAGAGAAGAGUUCAGACACACUUGUAACAUAUUUUGCUCUUGAUAGAGUUGUGACUAACUCAAAUUGUACAUAGCUUUGAUAAACUAGUUUCUCUUUGGAACUCA